GACAUAAUCAUACUACGAAUGUAUACUACAAACAGCACCUUUGGAGCGGGAAAAGGAAUACAGUCAAAGACAGUACAUUUGAGAAACGCUUUGAUAUAGUAUUGCACGUGACGUCAUACCGGAAACUAUCGCUUUAAACACCGGACAUAUUUAUUUUUUUACAGCGUGCUUGCUUUCACUUUCAAUGUUUUGAUAACGUCCGUUGUUGACAGCAAAUACGCGACUAUUGCAUUUGGAAACGGAUACAUUACCAUUUAAGGAAUAUAACUUCAAGUCACAUUAGAUAUUCGCGUGAUAAUAUGCAAGAAAUGCCGGAAUCACAGCCGUCUAAAUGUGAGGUGGAGCGGAAUCACGAAUGCAUGAUCCUACAACAAAGAAUAGAGACGGCUAGCAUUGGCAAUACUAGAACAAUGAAGAUGGAGAUGGAUGUAUUUAACCCUUCCCACACUACAGAGCUCCAGUUUCUCAGGUCGCGUGUUCGGGAACUGGAGAAAGAGAAGGUCGAAAUGGCAGCUGAAAACCAACGGCUACAUAACAUGCUAGUGAAGGAGAUCCCUGGCCUGCUGUCCACCAUGUGGCAGACCUUGGGCCAAGCCAACCAGCCCCCCCACCCUGCAGUGUCCCCACAGGCAGUCUCUACGGCAACAGGGAGGGGCGAGAGCUACACGUACACACACCACCACUCCGUGUCAGGACACUUUGGCCAAGGGUUCAGUUCUCCACUCCAUCAUCAGCCCAUGUCCAACCGCUCAGCUAUGACUCAGGACAUGAAUGAAAGCAUGUCCAACUUUGGACCCGAGAUGGCCAUCAGUGAGCACAGUGUGGACGGAGACUUGGAGCUGAGUGACAUCACAGAGAACGACGACCUCCACAGCUCUCUGUGUGGCUCAGCAUCCAACCUACCUGUGAUGAGGACAUGCUCAGAGACACACUGUGUUAAUGGGACUGGCCAUGUUAAUCAGGUGGAGGUAUACCCGGGUUCCGGUGUCUUCUGUGAAAUGCGGUCCUGGCAUGCAGCCAAUCAGACGCAGUCUCCCACGGCGAUGGCGCGCACCCUGUUGCUGGGCGUGUUCGACAUGGACACCCUGCUUAACAGCAACCUGCGAGGGGGGAGGAGCCGCAGACCAACGUUCCCCAACCACCGCACCGCCCUGGACCCACACAAGCUCAACGCCAUCUAUAAUGCCACGCUGGCCCGCUUCCCAUUGGCCAGGAAGGGGCAAAUUGGCACCGGCAUCAACUCCAAGCUGUCUGAGAUCCGGUUCCGAUCCAGGAGAGCCAACCGGGACCCCAGUUAUCUAUGAAGGACUGUUCCUGCCCAAACGCCAAGUUUAUUCAAUCAACAUUUUUGUUCUAGUUUUUUAUUUUAUUUAUCACAUUAACUAUGUCAGUGUAUCAGUGCAUGUGCCUGCCAAAUGUCUUGCCUAUGAAUUUUUUCACAUUGGCUUUAACAUUGUCUUCAGCUAGAGAUACUGUGGAAGAGAAUGGCAAAAUUACUCAAAAGACAGCCUAAUGAUAGAGGAAGGAUUCAAGACCAGUGGAAAAAGGUACAAAAGAACUGGCAUUGAUGGUUAUAUCCACCCUCUGUCACCAGCCAACCAUUAGCAAACCACACGGGAACAGCCCCCGGGGUAUUCUCUCUGACUGAUAGAGAUGCAUAGAUCCAGGACUGCUGACCCAUGUGUGAUCAACCAGUGGAGGAACGGAAGCUUCAGUCAUGUCUCACCAGACAGACGCCUCACUGUCGUUGACCUCUACCCACUUAGACCGAGGAGGGGGGGGGGGGGUCCAAAUGAUAUUUCUCCAUUGAUUUCUCUGAUCCUAGGCAUUAAGCUAACUCCAAAAGCUCCAUUACCACCCCGUGGUCCCCUCCUUAACCUCUUCCUCCAUCCCUCUUCUUCCCCCUGAGAUAAGCAUCAUGCCUAAUGGACCCCAGGUACUCUGAGCCUCCGGGAGGAUGACGGCAUGAAUGAAUUCAUCUUAACGGACUUAAACAGUGUGUGACUCUCCCCAAGUCCACUAUGUCCACAGGGCCCACAUGAAGAGACUAGGACUGGAGAUGUGGCUUGAUGCAGAUAUUACAUAUUGGAGAAGAUGUAACCGUUGGUAAUGAGGAACGGUCAAGUUUGUUAUUGUAUAUCCGGUCAUGUCUGACCAUUGAAUAUGGUGCAUUAAAAGACUGCAGUUUGUCAUUGUCCUUCA